GCACACGUGGAUGAGACGCGCGACCGUUGUUUCCUUGGAGGAGAAGAGUGAAACUAGCCACGUUAGCUUAGCCUGUUGUCUGCAAAGUUUUUCACCUGAAUAGAUCCCAAACUGUUGCACACUUUGGAGGUUUAAAGGACAUUUUGUACCCUCCAAGGAGCGAAGCAUGGAUCAAGAUGGAGAUAUCGAGGUUUGCCAUGAAAGUGACUCCGACUCGGACAAAAAAGUCAAAUGGACUCAAGAAGAGGACGAAAACCUCAAAAUCCUCGUCAGUAAUUUUGGAAAGGAAGACUGGAAAACUGUUUCCAAUUUUUUACCUGGGCGAUCGGAGACACAGUGCAUGAACCGAUGGAGCAGGAGCCUGGAUCCAGUUCUAGUAAAAGGCUACUGGACCGAGGAGGAAGACCAGAAGAUCAUAGACCUUGUGACCAAGUUCGGGACAAAGAGCUGGCAGCUCAUAGCCAAACACCUGCACGGGCGCCUGGGGAAGCAGUGUCGCGAGCGCUGGGUCAACCACCUGGAUCCUCUCAUCAACAAGAGCUGCUGGACCAAAGAGGAGGAUCUCAUUAUCUACAAGGCCCAGGCUCUGAUGGGCAAUCGCUGGGCCGACAUUGCCAGGCUGCUCCCUGGAAGAACAGACAACUCUGUGAAGAACCACUGGUACUCCACCAUCAAACGCCUGGCAGAGCAAGGUGUGUUCAAGAAGGAGGCUGAGGACAUCAAGCUGGACCUCAGGAAGAUCGAGGAAGGAGAGACCAAUGUGGAGACACAGCCUAAAGAAGGAGAGCCUCAGAAAGCUAAGCUAAAGCCUGUGAUCCCUUCUGCUAACAUCGUAACCUCCAAGAGUCCCCUGUCAGCCCAAGGCCCAACCAGCUCUAAACCUAGUCCAGGGUCUAAACCAGCUCCCAGCUCUAAACCUAGUCCAGGGUCUAAACCAGUCCCCAGCUCUAGACCUAGUCCAAGCUCUAGGCCAUGUCCCAGACCCAGUAUGUCUCCGGGCAGGGCUCCUUCAGCAGCAGUGGACCAGAAGAAGCUGGAGGAGGCUGCUCUGAGGAUGAUCUCUGAGGACAUGCUGCCUCUCAGUUUUGUGGAGGGUGCAGGGUUCCGCUCCUUCAUGGGCAUGAUGUGCCCUCAGUACAACAGACUGUCCCAGCGUGCAAUGGGGCUACGGCUGUAUGGUGAUGUGGAGAGGAUCUACAAACCCCAGCUCAUCCGGGAUCUCAAGGCCUGUCUGGCUCAGUGCCAGGAGGGAGAGGGACUGAUCCAUGUCUCUGUGGACCUAUGGGCGGGGUCUGGCUCCUCUCCUCUGGACGAGCCCAUGGUUCUCGUCCAGCUGCACUUCAUCAAUGAGUCCUGGCAGCUCCGCCGCCCUGUCGUAGCCUUCAGACACCUUAGGCACCAAGACCUGAGCGCAUCACUGUCUCGAGAACUGGAGGGGGUGCUGUUGAGCUAUGGCAUCUUCCCACAGCGAAUCGGCUACGUCCUGACCAACAACGCCAAGCACGCACUGGCCACGAACAGCUUGUUCUGUGACUACAAGCUGCUACUGAACAGGGCAGAGGUGGAGGGAGAGGAGAUGGUGUCCUUUCUCACAGACCAGCUCUCUGAGGAUGACUCUCCAUUCUGCAAGCUUCAUAUGGGCUCCAGGCAUAACUGUGUAGGCCACACGCUGCAGCAGGUCAUCCAGGAGGCUCUGAAGAGCUCCAGAGAGGUGGAGGACCUGUUCUCUCAGCUCCAUAAAGUGGUGACCUUCUUCAGGAGCAAGGCCUACUGGAACGAGGUCCUGAUGAAGGAGUGUGGGGCGCUCUUGUGGCCUCCGCCCAGCAGCUGCAGGUGGAACUCCAUGCUGUUGUGUCUACGGCGGCUGGUGCAGGAAUCCACCUGGAGCCGUGUGAUGAGUGUCCUGACCCAGGCCCGGACAGAAGCCCGUGAUCCGGCUAAUGUCCCGCACCUGUCAGUCACACGGGAGCAAUUGGUGGACCUCCUGGGACUGCUGGGGCCUUUUGAGGCUGCCCUACAGACUCUCCAGGGAAACGGCGCUUCCCUUGGCAGCCUCAUCCCCUCUGUACUCCAGCUGGACAGAGCCUUAUGCAGCAGUGAGAGCAGAUACACGGACUUCUGCAAGGCUCUGAGGACCGGCCUGCAGGCUCACUGUCAGGGCCUGCUCCACCACAGAGACCUGCUCAUAGCCACUGUUUUGGACCCCAGGCUCAAGCUGCAGCCAUUUUGUGAAAAGACAGAGGAGAAGACUGACUUCCUAACCCCACCAUUCAAGUCUGAGGUCACUACUAUCAUUGAAGCAGCUUUAUCUACUAUCCAGUGUUCAGCCAGUUCUCCUGUGGAGAAGAAUGGAGAGCGCACCAGCCCUGCCCCAGAGUCUUCAGCCAGUUCUUCUGUGGACGUGAAUGGAGACCACUGCAGCCCUGCUCCAGAGGUGAAAGAGGAGAGCCGAGAGAUGACCACACAACCACCACCCAGUGACAGCUCAGACCACGUUAAUCUCAAAAGUGAACUCAAACGGAAGUCUCCCUGCAGCCUGUCCGAGCCUCCUGAAAAGUGUCUAAAAGUGUCGGAACUGGAGGCGUACCUGUCUGAAUCACCCCCUUCUGGAAGCUCUUGCCUGCUGUUCUGGAGGUCCGCCCAUCGCUUCCCCAGACUGCAGAGCUUGGCGCGGAGGUUGCUGGCCAUCCCGGUGACUUCGGGGGGCUUCGAUAGGCUCUACCCCAUGUCCACGUGCCUCAUGCGGGCUAGGAGGAAUCGGCUCCCCCCCAACACCACGGAGAGGCUGCUACUGUACAAGGAUGCUAUGAAAACAAGUGCUGUGAGGAAGCCCGCUAAGGUUUGAACCUUAGUGGGAUAUGGUCUGUAUCAGAUUUUGAACCACGAGGGACGGACAUGUUUCAGAAUGAACUCAGAAUUAGCCCUGCCCACUAGUGUCACGAUACAAACAUUUCAAACUCCAUUUUGCUACCAAAAAAUAGGCUUGAUAAUCAAUACCGAUUCUGAUACCACAAUGAUAAUUAUAAACACUCUUUAUUUAAUCUAUAAAAUGUCAUUUUCAACAUUAAAUUACAGUACUUUCUUUUAUAUUAGCAUGCAAUGUUGUAUUCUUUUCAAUACCUUGUCAGCAUCAAUUUGGUAUUGAUCCGCUCAUUAUCACUACCAAUGAGAGACUAUGCAGAAUGAGAACUAUCCACAUGGUUCACCUUCAGCAUAGUCUCUGAUUGGAUACAAUUCUCUGUCCUUGGCAGGUGACAGAUACUAAUAUGAUACUAAAACUAGUUUCAAGUCUAGAUACUCAUUUGAGCAGGUAUCGAUACUAAAAAAUCACAUUCACAGGACAGAAAUGAACUUUUCCUGAAUAUCUUUAGAAUGAUCUUGAGCUGUAUCUUUCACAAGUAUAAGACACAUAGACUAGUAUACACCCAUGGACCACUAUGAACCUACUGGACACUGAGGAUUACACACAUAUAAGACACAUGGGAAUAUGACAGAAAGCACUACGAUUUAAUGUUAAAAAUCACAUUCUAUUGUCUAAAGACUAGUUCAGUCUUUUUAAUUAUCAUCGUUGUAUCGGUUUUGGUAUUGAGUAUUGAGUCUAUCCCUUAGUAUCAAAAUCAAGUUUAAAAUUUUAUUAUCGUGACAACACUAGUUGCAACCUCUUAAAAUGUAAUAAUUCAGUAUAAUUUCUCCUCGAAUGACAGCAUUUACAUUUUAGAAUACAAUGCGUUUUUCUGAUUUAGAAGCCAGAAUCAGAUCCAGGCCCUUUAGUGGUCUAUGUCACAGGUGCCAAUUUUUUUGUAUUUUGGACAGGUUUUUUUUUGUUCAAAUGAAAGCUGCAAAGUGACGCUGGUUCAGUUGAACUCUGAAUAAUUGAUUGGUUUACUUUAUAACUGCCUCCUAAAAAUAUGAUAAUGGCUGUAUAUAGUGGUGUUUACGUCCAAUUGUAAAUUAAACGGUUAAUUGGAAUUUAGUCUCUGUAGUUCCUGUGCUUUUAUACACAGAGGUCUCACCAUUUGAUAUGAAUAAUGUAAAGAUUCAUCAUGAAUAAUGUGAAAUUGGAUAUCCAAAUAUUGUUUAUAUUGAUAAUACAUAAUUAAAGUUUUAUACUUAUGCUUCAUAUGCUUUCUGUGCCACAGAAAAAUAAAAGUUGAAUGUUUUUGAUAUUUAG